UCCAACCCUGCUUGCCUUCGUGGCACAAUAUUUUUUUUAGGUUAUGUGAAUAUAACUGAUUAGAUUGUUGAUUUAUUUGUCGUGCUUUUAUCUGUGUAAUCUAUGGUUCUGGUGUUGUGCUAUUAAUUAUUAAUUUCGAUUUGUGAUAGUGCUGAUUCUGUGUUGAGUACUGUUAUGUGAUUCAGUUUGCUGUUUAUGAAAAUAAUAUUUUGCAUAUCCUCAGAGCCAAUGACCAUCUAAGCAGGAUGUCGUGCGCGGGCGCAGUGCUCCUGGAGGCGCGGCCGUUCAGGCCGUUCCGUUCCUCCGAGGAGUACCUGUAUGCUAUGAAGGAGGACCUGGCCGAGUGGCUGACAGUCCUCUACCCUGAGCUGAGGAUCAACGCAGACAACUUCUUGGAUAGGCUGGACACAGGCGUCGCUUUGUGCAGGCACGCGAACGCCGUCCGGGAAUCAGCCAGGAUCAUUCUGGAGUCCCUCAACCAGGAAUCUGAUGACGCCAUAGCCUUAGCCAGGGCUUUACGCUCCAGGGCUCCUGUGAACAUGCUCCCAGCAGCCAAAGCAGGCACCUUCUUCGCUCGAGACAACGUAUCAAACUUCAUAGACUGGUGCCGGAAGGCUUUGGGCAUCCUAGAGUGUCUACUAUUCGAAACUGAUGACUUAUGUCUCAGAAAGAAUGAGAAGCAUGUUGUAUUGUGUCUGCUAGAAGUUGCAAGAAAAGGAGCAGUUUUAGGUAUGCCAGCUCCGCUGCUUGUCCAAAUGGAGAAGCAGAUUGAAAGGGAAUUAGCGGGCGAAGAGUUGAGACCAGAUGAUUCGCACUUGGGACUGGUUCCUUGUGGACCGCAGCCGCAGUUGGUCACCAACGACUUGAGGAGUCUGGACGAGAGAGUGAGGGAUCUAGUGGAGAGAUGCUCGUGUCCCACACAGUUCCCGAUGGUCAGGGUUUCCGAGGGGAAAUACAGGAUUGGGGAUACGAAGAUGCUGAUAUUCGUUAGGAUCCUCCGCUCGCACGUGAUGGUCCGCGUUGGAGGGGGUUGGGAUACCCUCGCCCACUAUCUGGACAAACACGACCCCUGCCGUUGCAGGGCCCAGCACAGGACCACACUCUCAGCUCGCCUCGCCCGCCCGAACACGAACAAAUCCCUUGCCGGCGCCACCGUUACUUACGAAAGAGACCCAGGACCCACCUCCUUACCCUUCACGAAAGAAUCCAAGAGCUACGAACCCAUGUCUCUUCAAUAUUCCCCAAAAGUCUAUGAUAACAGAGUAUACAAUGAUGAUAUAAGACCUAACAGACUUUACAAUGAAGAUCCAAGACCACAUCAUUACUCUUCUAACACAAGACUAACAGAGCAACCCACCAGUCUCCCAUACCUUGGAGACUUAGACAGAGCAUCGUCACCAAGUAGGAAACACCUAGGCCCAAGUCCUGACAGAAAAUCUUCGUCUCCAGAUAGAAGGACAAAAAUCGUGACGUCAAAUCACUUAGUUCCUAAUCCUCUGGGUCGAAACAAGAGUCCCAGGCCUGUUUCGCCCGCGCCACAAGCGGAAAGUGCCUCUGAUAAUGGCUCAGAGGUUUCGGAUGAAGGAUACAGGAGUUUGGGCGUAGUGGCAGGGUCCACCCAAGGGUCGCCUUCGACGAAGACCACGAACAGAUAUUCGCUCCACAGCCAGAAUUCUGUUGAGGACGCUGAGUACAACGAGCGUCUCGAUCAGGAUGAUGGCUGUCACAUGGAGAGGAACGACCGAGUCGACGACUACGUGAGCCUCACCACGGGACUCAGGAAGACUGACUUCUCAGACACAUUCUAUGGAGCCAAGAAACACGGCUCCUUUGAGGACAAGUCCAACAGAGGUAGUCCCGAACGGGUAGUAGUCACUGAGAGUAAUAAUUCCCCUAGCAAAAGUCUGAGACCUUCCAGAGACAUGAUAGAUUCACCCACGAAAACAAUAAAGGGACGACAAGCAAGCAGAAUCCCUCAUUCCCCAGUAAGAGCUAGGACUCCUAGCCGUGGAAACACUCCAAGCCCCAAACACACGCCUAACCCAGUUCAGACAUCACCUAAAUUAGCACCUAAACUUCCACCUACAUCAAGGAAUACGUGGGGAGGGAGAUCUGCUCCAAACCAACCUAAAUCAAAAGCCAGACCAACAAUUGGAACUGAUACUUUCGAUAAUCCAAAUAAAUCGCCCAAAGCUAGGCCAAAAGUAGCGCAAUCUGAAGCAUUUAAAAGGAAUUCUCCACUAAGAGCCAGUAGCGCCACCUUACGGUCACCACCGAACAAUAAACCGUUGAGCCCUCUACUGGAACAGAUAUUACGAUCAGCAGAAACAGCUAAAGAUGACGCAACUGUCUUAGAAAAAAUGAAAGAAAUAAUCAGAACCUAUUCAAAGGGCGAAGACUCUCUAUCUCGAACAAGCUCAAAGGAUUCAGACUACGCUGACUUUACUUCAGCCUGGGUGAUGUCUGAUGGUAAACUAGAGAGGUCUACCAGUACUCGGCAGUUGGCAGCUCCGAGGAAGGAUCCAAGGAAUGGAGCAUCAAGGAUACCAGCUCCCGUAUCCAUCGGCUGCAGGAGAUCCACCUCGACUUCUCAGUUCCAAUGACAGGGGUCCAGAAGCAGCGAGGAAUCAAGCAAAAAGUGAUCCAAAGAAUCAACAUUUUUGUGAUCACAACAAGAAGGCUCGAAAAGUGACACAAAUAUUGUGAGUGAUUGUGAAGGUUCCAAUUGGCAAUAAGGAUUAAAAGGUUUUGAGAAUUUUAGGAAUGAGGAGAUUUGAUACUGUCUUUAAUGUUGAUAAUUUUGAAAUAAAUCAUCGUAUCUAGAAAUGUAGACGACUUAGCACUUUUGAUGGUAAUAUCUUCUUUCUUGGAAGGUGAUUCUAAUACAUUUUAUUGAAUCAUCGUUAACAAUCUAACUUAGUGUAGUCAUACUAAUUUAGAUAAAAAACUAACAAUCAUCAACUUUUUAUCCAUUUAAAUUUUGAUAAGAAAUUGAUAUUUUCGGGAAAUGGAUGUAAGGUUGUGUCAUUUGUAACAAGCUAUACAAGUCGGCUAAAUGAUGGUGCUAGAAGAAGUGAAGGUUUUUUAUUAAAUUUUAAGUUGGUCUAAUAAAGACUUGAAAAAGUUAAUUUACUAGGUUAUUUUAUCACCUAGUUAUGUAGAUUUAAUUUUUGUUUUAUAACAAGACAAUUUAUUUAAGUACCCAAAUGUAUUGGUAUGACGAAAUUUAUUUUUUAGGUUAUAAUUAUUUAGUUACAUAAGAUUUAUAUCCCGGUGAAGAAUUAGUUCUAUUUUAAUAAAAUUAACACAAUGAAUAGGCAUUCGGCAUAUUUGCAUUUAAAAAUAUAUCAUUCCAUUGAUAUUUUGUAGCUGGGAUUUUGGCAAUUAAUUUUUUUUUACUGUAAUCUCAUUUGUUUUUUGAGAAUGUAGGUUGUGACGGGAUGGAGCAUAAUAUUGUAGUUAAACUUUUUGGAAAUAUUGCAUAUUUAACUAAAAAUCUAGGUAAGAUACAGAUAAGUUAUUGCAUAUGACACGAUAACGAGUACAUCCAUCAUUAUACCUCAAUUAGUAUACCAGUGAUAAAUUGAAAAUUAAAAAAAAAAAUAUUUUUUCACUAACGGUUUUAUCGGAUUAGCCGUCCUAUCACAUAUUUAGUGAACAUUUAACAUCUACUACUUCAUUCAUAAUUAUGUAUAAUUUAAUGAUAAGUUAAAUUUAAUGAUUGAAGUGGUAAUAGAAAGGUUCACUUAAAAUCAGUCAUCUUAUUCAUGUCUACAGUAAGUUUUAUCUAUGAUAUACGAAAAAAAAUUUAUGCAUAACUUUAAUAUUGCGAAAUUACUUAAAUUUACAUUACACAAAUGAUUAAGCAAGCAAUAGUGUGAUGCUCUGCCCGCUAACUUAUAAUGUUAUGUAUAAUUAUAAUUAUACAAAUAAUGGUUUUUGUAAUAUUAAUGCUAACGAUAAUAGUGACAACAAUAUAAUUUUUAUUGCUACGCUAUUAUUGAUAAAACGUGGUGAAAAUGCUAGUUAUCAUUGCUAAAAAAAUUAAUAAUUAUUCACUAUAUUUUUGUUAAAUAGCUUUGCUAUUUUUUUCUACCGCUUAUAAAAUACUGUUUAAAAUUUGUUUACAAUACUUCAAAUGAUGAUGAUAUCGAAUUAUUGAAAAAAUGUGUACUUUUUUUUAUUUCGUUAAAGUAAUUUUUCCAUUGCUGUACACUUUACUAAUGUUGCGUCUCGCAGUGUCCGUCGAAAGAUUAAAAAAAAAAAAGUGGCUCAUAAGAAACAGUACCUUAUAAGCUAGCUGAGGAAGCCCUUAGUUAUACUCCACACGACGUUACCAGUGACUAUGCCAUAGAAAUUAUUUCACUGAAUAAAACUUGAGACUUUUA